AUGCGACUGGGCAAAGAGACCUCCGUGGCAAAGGUGUUUCAAAUAGAGCUGGGCAUAACAAUGCUCUUCCAGCGCCUGGACACAAAGGCUGUCUGUUGUUUAACAGGGACCCUCCCACGGAUGCUUGCAGCUGUUGACCAAACCACGGCAGCAAACACACGCCAAGUGCUCGAAGCCAGGUGCAACACACCAGAACUGAAGAGAGCUUCCCGCCACUUGGAUUUUCGAGUCAGAUGCGUUUGUACUGAUAGAUAUGCUGCCAAUUUCGCAGCGGAAGCUGCAAUGCAAGCUUCGGCGCGCGACGAAGGGCUCCCUUAUGCUCGUGAUCACACUGCGUGCGAGAUGCAUAUGGUGGCAACAGCUCACACGAAGACUGCCCAGUUGGGCAAGCUGGAUGCCACUGUCCAGGGUCUUGUGGCUUGUGCCCUGACCAUGACUGGGGCAUGUGCCAAGUCGAGGUUGCAGAAGUGCCUGUUGGAAGUCUUCAAAAAGAAAUGUAGACAGCAUAACCAACACCAUGCUCAGCGCGCAGUCCUCGCUAGGUUCCUCAAUGGCGACCCCGUGUCAUCAGAUGUCAUGAUUUACAACCCAAAUGUCCACAUCAUUGAUGAGCCGGUGAGGGCACGCAUGUUGCAAGACAUUGAAGCCUUUGUAUUGGCUGCACUGGUGCCAACGACCUGCCCCUUGUUCUCACGAAGCCGGUGGAAUGGAGCAGACGGCGCCCUGGCCUGGUUGGGCUUGUUCUCUGCUCAUUACAAUGGUUCUCUUCUCAAGCACACAAUCCAGAAGUUUGCGGGGCUUCCUUUGCUACAAGGCCCAGGAGGGCGGGAGGAAGAUCACUGGAUCCGUGCCAUUGGAGCAGAGCUUAGCCAGCAAGGGUCUCAGCAUGCCAUUGAGCAAGGCAACGUGCAAGCUGCCCAUGCAGCAGAGGCAGUGGACGAGGAGAUGGACAAGGAGGGAAGUGAGCAAGACGAUUGGCAUAAACGAAACAAGCAGUACCGACGCAGGUCUGUAAAUUUCGUUCAGGAUCUUUGCUUGGGCGCUAUCUUUGUUUUCAGCAUUGUAGCUGGCCUUCUACAGAAUCUUCGAAGAGAGCUGUUCCACAGAGCAAGUGUUGUUUGGCGCAGGAACGUUUAUGCACGUGGGUUGCGUUCUCAGGGUCGUUCGAACGUCUGCAAGCUCUUGGAAGUUCUGGCCAGUGAGGAUGUGAAAAGAUUCUAUACAGGUCUUUGGAGCAGUCUGCGCCAAAGCUUCACACUGCUCCGUCCCCACAAUACAUUUGAGAUCCGAGCACUCUUGUUCACUUCUCUGGCACGCGCUGGCGCUUGUGUGCACCAACUCCUUGUCACGCGACGUGCCGGAUAUCCGUUGGAGUUAUUCAAGUUGUUAACAAACGACUCGACCGAGAUGGUAGAAAAGAUACUCCGCAGCAGCCCAUGCCUGCGAGAUGAACUGAGCCAUGAGUUUCUUUCUCGUUUUGGCACACCAGCUGAAUUGGGCAGCGCCCCUGCCAAAUCUAUCCUACAUUGUAUUGCUGCUCGCCGCGAAUACGACAUUUGUUGUAUAGAAUGCAGACACGCUUCAAGCAGACGGGUCCAGAAGACAAGUGCGCAAACAUGGGUUCGCAGCUUGGAGAGUGUUUCAGCAGCUUUUGUGAUCAAGCAAAACAAGCUGGCUCGACAGAAUGUGGCAGGCGUGCAAGCACAUGCUGCGCCCAGCCAGGGGGCUGCUUCCGAACCUGAGCCAGAAGCCAAAAGGAAAGCAAAGAGGUCACGAAGUGCGUGGGCAGCGUUCAUGCAUGAAAACACACAGGGCCGCACAAAUAAGAAGUGGGGUGAUGGCAUGGCCGACUUGUCUCGGAGAAUUCGCGAAAUCAGCGAUUCAGAGCGUGAGAGGCUGGAAGACUUGGCAAAGACCGCUACAGCAGCAGCUUUUCAGAAGCAAGGGUCCGGCCCUGCUGGCUUUGCGCAGACACGUCAGCAAAAGGAAACCGCGAGAAGGCUGCAGCUACGUAUGGCACAAGAUGCAGAGGACUCUGCUGCUGCUCCUGCUAGCAGAGGCAUGCUGGCAGAUGCUUCUACUUCGCCUCUGGAUUCAAUGGUGCUGGGAUUGCCCGAAGAGCUUGCAAGACUGUCGCAAGAAAACUUGGAUUCUGUGGCCAUGGCACGAAGAACAGCUCAGGAAGAGGAGAGAACCUUGCAGGCCUACAUGCAGGAAAAUGCACCCCCUGCGCUAGCCCUAUUGCCAGAUGUUGAUUUCACACAAUCCAACAGCAUCACAUUGCCGGAAAGUUUGCCAACUGCAGAAUUCAGUCCUCCUUUGGCAGCUAUGGCCGAGGCCGGAUGA